GUGGAGAAUGACGGAGAGAGCCUCGGAAACUACAGAAAAAAUCAAGGAAUUACUGAAGGAGUUCCAAGACAUUCUUCCUGACGAUCUUCCGAACGAGCUACCGCCAUACCGAACGCAUCAACACGAGAUCGUGGAGGAACCGGGUUCGAAGCCGACCUUCCGAGCACCAUACCGGCUCAGCCCUACGGAGCUGACCGACAUGAAGAAGCAGAUCGAGUAUCUCCUAGCCAAAGGACUCAUCCGACCAUCUACUUCGCCAUACGGUGCCCCAGUACUCUUCACACCGAAACCGGACGGAAGCCUGCGCAUGUGCAUCGACUACCGAGCUCUUAACAAGCAGACCAUCAAGAAUAAAUAUCCGAUACCGCGAAUCGAUGACCUGCUUGACCAGCUUCGGGGAGCUACGGUAUUUUCCAAACUGGAUCUGCGGUCCGGAUACUGGCAGAUACGGAUGGCGGACAACUCUAUCCACAAAACUGCUUUCCGAACUCGGUACGGAUCGUACGAGUAUUUGGUCAUGCCGUUCGGACUCACCAACGCGCCGGCAACGUUCCAAGCCGAAAUGAACCACAUUCUACGACCACUUCUGGACGAAUGCGUGGUGGUGUACCUGGAUGACAUACUCAUCUACUCGCGCGACAUGAAGCAGCACGUCGAACACCUGCGACGCGUCUUCGAAAUUCUUCGACGGGAACGAUUCUACGUCAAACUGUCCAAGAGCGAAUUCGCCCUUGAAAAGGUCCAAUUCCUAGGACACAUGGUGAGCGCUCAAGGAGUUCACGUCGACCCCAAGAAAAUCGAAGCCGUACGUACGUGGAAGACACCCGAGAACGUGAAGGAGUUGCAGCAGUUCCUAGGCUUCGCUAAUUACUACAACAGGUUCGUGCCACAGUAUGCGAAACUCGCGGCACCACUCACGAAUCUGCUGAAGAAGAACACGCCCUACAAAUGGGAGACGAAGCACCAGGAAGCCGUGGAGCAACUGAAACAAGCACUGACAUCCGCAUCGGUACUCAUCUUGCCAGAUACCGAACGUGACUACGUCAUUGAAGCAGACGCCAGUGAUCAGGCCGUGGGAGCAGUCUUAAUGCAAGACCAGGGGAAUGGACUGCAACCAAUUGCCUACCUCAGCAAGAAACUGCACGGGGCAGAACUCAACUACCCGAUACACGACAAAGAGGCUCUUGCUAUCAUCAUCGCCUUCAAAGCGUGGAGAUGCUAUCUCGAAGGACGAAGAACAACCGUCUACACCGACCACUGCAGCCUGAAAUAUUUGAAGACACAACCCAACCUUUCCAGGCGGCAGGUCCGGUGGAUCGACUUCCUCGAGACACACUUCCACUACGACAUCGUGUACAAGCCCGGCCACAAGAACAAAGCAGACGCUCUCAGCCGGCCUGCACACGUUGCCGCGAUUCAGGUCGAAGGGAUGAAUCCACUACUCAAGGGACUCUUCACACACGGGUACGCCAUCGACCCCGAAAUUUCCUUGGCAGAAAAGCGACAUCUGCUACAAGCAGCAAGCAGAAAAAGGCGGGACUACUGCAGCCUCUUCCUGCCCCAGAACAACCAUGGCAAGUGGUUAGCCUGGACUUCAUCACCGGGUUACCACCUACCUCCAGCGGUCAUGACGCCAUCCUUGUCGUCAUUGACAAGUUGUCCAAAAUGGGACACUUCAUCCCGACACACACGACGGCACGCACCGAGGAGACAGCACAGCUCUUCGUUCGUCACAUCAUCUCACAGCAUGGCAUCCCAACUACACUCAUCUCCGACCGAGACCCCAAAUUCACUAGCAAGUUCUAGAAGGAACUUAUGUCUCUGCUCGGCACCAAACUCGCCAUGUCAUCCGCAUACCAUCCGCAGACAGACGGACAGACCGAGCGCCUCAACCAAAUUGUUGAGCAACUCCUCCGAGCAGCCUGCAAGCACGACAUCUCCAAAUGGGACUUGCACCUGCCUGUACUCGAGUUUGCUUACAACAAUGCUACACAUGCCGCUACUGGACAGACGCCGUUCUUCCUCUGCUACGGACGCCACCCACUCACACCACAAAAACCGACAACAUCAGCUACAGUCCAACCCGCACAUGAUUUUAUUACAGCCAUGCACCAGCUUUGGGAUCGGACCCACAAGCGCCUACUCGACAUUCAACAGCAACAGAAGCGCCAAGCCGAUCGCCAUCGCAACGACCACACCAUUUCCGUGGGAGACCAGGUUCUCCUUGACACCCGCAACCUGGACAUCAGCCAUCUCCCAUCUAAACUUCGACCUCGCUUCUGCGGGCCUUUUCUCGUUGAAGCACAGCACACGCCGUCAGCAUUACGUCAUGAAGUACACGCCGCUCUCAGUUCUCAAGUCGCUCGCCCUCUUCGUCGCGGCGGGCCUCCUCGAGAUCGGCGGCGGCUGGUUCGUGUGGCAGUGGCGGAUCAACGGCUGGCAUUGGGCGUGGUGCCUCCUCGGUGCCGCGAUCCUUUUCGGCUACGGACUCGUCGCCACGUUCCAGGAUGCUUCCUUCGCGCGCACGUACGCAGCGUACGGCGGGAUCUUCAUCCUGCUCGCGCUGCUGUGGGGCUGGGCCGUCGAUCGGACGGCUCCCGAUGUGUGGGACCUAGUGGGCGCGGCGGUGGCGGUGGGCGGGGCGUGCAUUAUCAUGUUCGAGCUCUCUCGGGAGGGGAGGGGAGGAGGGGCGUUACCAUGGUCGUCCCUCGGCACGCUGAACCUGCAUGGGAACCUCGGAAGCCAAGGCGCGGGUGACGGGGUUCGUGACGAUGUGGCUGGUGUUCGUUUCUCAGGGAUGGUGCUGAUUAGGGCAGGCCUAGCGAAGAGCUCGUUAUCGUGUUCGUUCCCUGGGCUGGCGAAUCAGACAAGUGACUGCAGAUGAGGCGCGGGGCUUUGAGUUCCGCUUGCGCAAGGAAGGGAAGGGGCUUCUCCUGGGCUCAGAGAGUGGGUGGUAAUGUCAACGGAACCGAGUGGCGCAGCGCAGGACAUGGCGCCGAGUGGCCGUUAAGGGUUUAGGCUGGUUGUGUGCAUAGAGUGUUAGACUGGAGAGCCGGUGCACUUACGUCGAUUUAGGGCGUCGCAGAGCAGAGUGGCUGGCUGCUGAUAGAUAAUGCACGACUCACUCACGACUCACGGCCAUCACCGCCCCUUCUGCCGAGGGUUUAGGUUUCGCAGCGACGGAGCGACGAAGCGAUUCCCAGGGCUGAGGAUGACGCAGAAGUGACCUUUGAGGCGGCUCCAAACUCAUUGCGUGGGCGCCGGUGUCCUCUGGUGGACUUGGAGUGGAGAAGGGCAAGGAAUGGCGGUUAGGGCAAUGCAAAUCCAUGGAGACAGCAAUGCGCAUGAGGAGAGAGUUGAGGAGUGCAGAUCGGUGGGGCAUGGAGAGAAAGCAGUGUGGCGCACACGAAGCAUGCCGAUUUGAAAGGCGCAUUGGCGGGACUGGCUGGCAGCGGGAUGAUUCGCUGCAACUUGCGCACUCCAGUGACGGGCAGCUCGUCAUUGCGGUGCCAAUGGCGUGCCAACGCGAGGCACCUCCGAUUUGUCGCUCGUUUGACACCAACGGGGAUGGCUGCCCCUCACCCUCUGAGACCUCGUCACCACGGCAGCCUUCCACGCUUGUGGCAACGGUACCCGCAUGCUGGUGCUGUGCUCAAGCCAAGAGACCGGAUGCAGCAGCUCAUUCUGCCGAGGAGGGGAUGGCGGUGGGCGCUGUAUUGGCCUCGCGUUGAUUGGCCGACUACGGCUCUUCUCAGGGUUGCUCUCAUUUCCCACCGGAAUCUGGAUCCUCUUCCUUCGCCCGGCGAAGAACCUCUGUUGUUACGGCUCCUAGGCGAUUGUUGCCGGAUGCACCGACGGUGUCGGUAAGGGUUUCGCGAGGGAGCUCGCGAAACGGAAGAUCAACGCAAUUCUCGUCUCGUCAGCAGGACCGCUCUGCUCCGUCUGUGCUGGAACCAAGGCUUCUCUCGCAGCAUCAACAUGGAGGAUGCAUCCAAGCCAAGGGGAUGGAUGUGCAGGUUCAGGCCCCUCUCUUCGUCGCAACCUAAUGCCAUAGAUCCGUCACAUCUCCCACACCUGCCCCUUGUCUGAAAUGUGUAAGGCAGGCAUGGGGCCAACUGGAUGGGUGCCAACUGGGUGUGGCAGGGGGUGCGGUGCACGCCGUACUGGGUGCACGGGGUCAUGUGGGGCAUCAUCUACCGCUUCAUUGCUUAGCGUCAUGUGGGGAAUCAUCUACCGCUUCCCAGAAAACCUUUUCAACACCAUUCGGUUGGGCCAGAAUGUGGACAUUCGCACGAGCGCCCUGGCCGAAAUUGUCCGCCAACAGAAGCAGCAGUAGGAUGGAGCUGUUGGUGUUUAUGUCACAUGCCUUGUUGACAUAGAUAAGGGUAUGCCCUGAAUGGAAACAUUAUGUUCUGAGGGUUUUAGCAAGCAGAUUUACUUUUAUGACCAAGCAAUGGAGGAAGCAGAGCAGCCGCAUUACUCAGCUCUGCA